GGGAUAAAUUGGAAUGGGAUAAAUAGUUCAUUUUCACAAUUCUAUAUCAUCCUUUAAGAAGUCUACAAGUGAAGUGGUCUUCAGUUUAUUUUAUUAUUUGGAUAUUGCUGCUAAAUUUUCUAAUUCCUCACUAUACCUCUCUUGCCAUCAAACUGAGGUGUCGUUCGGACCCUCUGUGUCGUCUCAUCUCUCACUCAGUAGCUGGCGCCCACCCCAGCAGCCUUUGGUUCACAAUCGAGGGACCUCUGCGCCUUUAGUCAGAAGUCACUGUGAAUGUGUUGUAGUUCUGAGUGUAGAAGGGACCCAAGUGCUUCAGACCAGGGGAGAGAAGGCACAGCUUAGCCUUGUAUCUGCCCUCUGGGCUCCGAGUUCUCCAUUGACAGCUGCCAGAUGCUUCUCUUAGCUGUCUCACUUUGUCAAGUGGCAGAAACCCUAUAUUUCUCUUUGAUCCAGUGCUUAUCAGAGUAUUUUUAUGUGAUACUUACUAAAUGUUUGAUUAACAAUUGAAUGAGAUUGUUGGACAGCCCUCAUUUAACUACUUAUUAAAAUUUAGUCCUUUGUGAAGUUGUAUCUUUUAUAAUUCUUAAUUUUGUCUUUUACUAGUUAAAAAGCAUCACAGUAAGAUUAACUUGCCUCUGAUAAAUCAGUGAGUGGGUUUACAGAUUUUAGACACUUUAUUCAAAUGUUCUAAAAAGUUGUUUAUUCCUGUUGCUGAGCUGACCUUACUCACUUGUUCCUCCCUGGAAGUUGGUGGAAAUCUCACACUUAACAGCUAACCAGGUCUCUGUUGGAAAUAUUUAGUCCACUCAGUGUCCAGCCUUGUAUCCAGCUGGGUGAAGUUGUUUCUUUUGUAUAUCUCAGUCCUGCAGGUCUUUUCCCUCUCCCCCUUCUCACCAGGAAUGUCUCUGGUAGGGAGGGGCAUACUUGGAGGGAAGGCUGAUGCUGAAGGGGUCUCCUGGAGCGAGGCUCCCAGCCACAGGUCCUCGACAUCUGAGCCGGAGGGCUCUGCCGGGCCAUCAGCCCUCUCCACCGCCCCUCCCUGGGGAACGUCUGGGUCCCCCUGCCACUGCCUACACUUCUGAGUUCCCCUCAGUGGACAUGCCGUGGCUCUGAAAGUCUGCCUUUACUCCUCAGAGUUCCUCGUUUCUCCCAUGAAGCUCCAAGGCUGGAGGGGCCUGGCUGCAUCCUUCCUGUAUCAACUUCUGAGUUCUCUUUGCGCAGAGCAUGUGAUGUGCACUUGGAUUUGGAAGACCGCCUGGCAAAAUUUAUGAAGACAGAAGAAGCCAUUAUAUACUCAUACGGAUUUGCCACCAUAGCCAGUGCUAUUCCUGCUUACUCUAAGAGAGGGGACAUUGUGUUUGUAGAUAAAGCUGCCUGCUUUGCUAUUCAGAAGGGAUUACAGGCAUCACGUAGUGACAUUAAGCUAUUUAACCAUAAUGAUAUGGAUGACCUGCAGAGACUAUUGAAAGAACAAGAGAUUGAAGAUCAAAAGAAUCCUCGCAAGGCUCGUGUAACUCGACGUUUCAUUGUAGUCGAGGGGUUAUAUAUGAAUACUGGAACUAUUUGCCCUCUUCCAGAAUUGGUUAAGUUAAAAUACAGAUAUAAAGCAAGGAUCUUUCUGGAGGAAAGCCUUUCGUUUGGAGUCCUGGGGGAGCACGGCCGAGGAGUCACUGAACAUUUUGGAAUCGAUAUUGAUGAUAUUGAUCUUAUCAGUGCCAACAUGGAGAAUUCACUUGCUUCUAUUGGGGGUUUCUGCUGUGGCAGGUCUUUCGUAAUUGACCAUCAGCGACUUUCCGGCCAGGGAUACUGCUUUUCAGCUUCAUUACCUCCCCUCUUAGCUGCUGCUGCAGUUGAGGCCCUCAACAUCAUGGAAGAAAAUCCAGGUAUUUUUGCAGUGUUGAAGGAAAAGUGCAAACGAAUUCAUAAAGCUUUACAAGGCAUUUCUGGAUUAAAAGUGGUGGGUGAGUCCAUUUCUCCAGCAUUUCACCUCCAGCUGGAAGAGAGCACUGGGUGUCGAGAAAGAGACGUUAAACUACUUCAGGAAAUAGUAACUCAAUGCAUGGACAGAGGCAUCGCGUUAACUCUGGCACGCUACCUGGAGAAAGAAGAGAAGUAUCUCCCUCCUCCGAGCAUUAGGAUUGUGGUCACAGUGGAACAAACAGAAGAGGAACUGGAGAAAGCUGCGACCACAAUCAGCAAGGUGGCCCAGACCGUGCUGCUUUAGUCUGGGGCCUGGUGUCCUCUCACCACGCAACACGCAGACAGGCCUGAGUCACUGCACAGUGAGCCACAGGGGGCCUGCGGGUACCAGAUGGGGCGUCACUAGAUGGUGUGGGUAUCGACUCAGUGUAUGACCACGAGAAGGAUGCUGGGUACUUAAAAGAAAACAAAUCCAAAAGCCCAAGAACUGAUUUUCUUAAGAGAAAAACUAAUGACAGCAUAUAACUGAUAUUUAAAUUGUGCUAUUUAGUACUAUUUAAACGUUUUAUUAAUACUAGUAUUUUAUAUUCUUUUUUUUGUUGUCAUUGUUUAAAAAUGGAGCUUCAGUGUAUCUUCUUUCCCUUCUAAUGAUAAAGAUUGUGAGCACUCCUUAAUAUCUCAUAGAAAAUUGUCUGCAACGUUAAGGCUUAGAGGCACUUCAGCAUAUAUGAUACAAAAUGUAUUGAAGAUCUAAUUCAAACACAUCUUUUUCAGUCUUCGUCAUGUGAAGCUCAAUGUAUAUAUUGGCUAAUAUAUAAAGGAAUACUUUAUGUGUGAUUAUUACAAAUUUUUCAUUAUAAUAUAUUUGAAUCCUAGAAUUUUUAUAUACGCUAAAUACUGAUGUUGCACCAUUUCUAACAGUGAAUCUUAGCAUCCCUAACCAGAGAAUAGUCAUUAUACUUCCUAAGUGAGCAAUAUUUUAAAUCAAAUACUAUUUUAUUUUAGUAUAAUUGACCUUUACAUUCGUUAUGCGUUGACUUCUAAUCUUUUCAGAAGAGGAUUAUUGUGAUGAUCCCAAAAUAGAAAUCAUGUCCUUGAUACUUUAGAAUAUCUAGAAUGUAUUCUUUUUUGUAUAGGGACGUAUAACUACAAGCUUUUUUUCUAAGCUAAAGAAAAUGAGACCUUUAUUUCUUUUCAGCUUAUGAAUUCCAAAUAUCUAAAAAAGAUGUGAAAGCACUAAAAUUAAAAUUUUUAAGCUGUGCUUUAGCUAUCUGUUUUUUCUUUAGCAAACCAAGUUGGGUGGUGUAAAUGUUUGUGAUAUGUGCCACAAGGUAGUACAUAAAUAUUACACUAUUACUCCAUCUCUUAUUAAAGGGAAAGGAAUAAAAUUAUAUUAAAAAUGUCAUUUUAUAAUAUAUGUUCAUAUUAACAAAUGGUCUUCAACAUCUUUUUAAAUAACAUAUUUUUUUAAUGUUUAGUUUCUAUUUUGCUUGAGGUAUUUUGUACAUAUGUGCCUUGUGAUUGCUGCUGCUUUAAAGGAUACAGUACUCUUUGGGGGAUGAAUCUGUUUUGUUUUGUUUUGUUUUUUAAUGAAAUAAACCUACAUUCCUGAUAA